AUGGCAAGUUCGACCGUCAUUCUCGGCGCGGGCAUCAUCGGUGUGUCUACAGCCUACUAUCUCUCCCAACAUCAAGACCCCUCGAGUAUACACCUCGUCGAGCCGUCGCCGGAGCUCUUCUCCUCCGCCUCUGGCUACGCAGGCGGUUUCCUUGCCAAAGACUGGUUCGCGCCCUCCGUGUCCGCCCUCGGCGCGCUCAGCUUCGAGGAGCACCGCCGGCUCGCCGAGGAGCACGGUGGGAGAGAGAAAUGGGGCUAUUCGCCGGCCACAUGCGUCAGCUACGCGGCGUCAGCAGCAGCGCGUGACUCCCAGAAGCGAGGCGACGACUGGCUGCGUGACGGCACGAGCCGCGCUGACGCCGCUCCCGUGGUUCUGGAUUCCAGCUCCGGGAAGACCCCGACUUGGCUGCGGAGGGUAGACGGCGACCACAUCGAGUUGAUCAGCGACGAAGAUACAACCGCACAGGUCGAUCCCCUUCUGCUGUGUCAGUUCCUUCUCCAGGAAUGUGUGAAGCGCGGCGUAAAGCUGCAUCAUCCCGCCAAACCGGUCUCGGUAGGCACCGGUGGGAAAGGAGCGCUGGCUGCUGUCCGCAUCGUAGACACCAAGACCUCGGCGGAGACUACGCUAGAAUGCACGCGGCUCAUCAUCACGGCAGGGGCUUGGACAGGGCAGGUGUUUCAAACGCUGUUUCCCAGGUCGAAACUUCAGCUCCCGAUCAAGAGCCUAGCGGGACACUCGUUGAUGCUGAAGUCACCGCGUUGGCAUGCCGGGUUGGAACACAACGGAUGCCAUGCCAUCUUCACCACGCAUCAAACAGCCUUCUGCCCGGAGAUGUUCUCCCGGCUUGGAGGCCAUAUCUACUUUGCGGGGCUCAACUCGUCGACCCUCCCACUUCCGGACGCAGCCGCGGGGAAGGCGACACCGUACAGUGACAGCCUUGUGCAGCUGCGGGAGGCGGCGAAGGAGAUUCUCGGGUCGGGCCCCGGCGCCGAAGACGACCUGGAGAUUGUCCGAGAGGGGCUGUGCUUCCGGCCCGUGACACCGUGGGGAAGCCCGAUCGUUUCCAGGAUCCGAGAUCAGGAUCUCGGUCUCGGCACGGCGACCAGGCCGGGGGCCGAAGGCGGCGUGUAUAUUGCUGCCGGUCACGGACCGUGGGGCAUUGCCAUGAGUCUCGGCACAGGUAUCGUGCUAGCUGAGAUGGUGCAGGGACGGAAGCUCAGUGCGGACGUCAGCGGAUUGGGCAUUCGUGGUGAGGGGGCAAAGCUAUAA